AUGGUUGUUCCACAGCUAGAUCCUAAGCUUACAAACCCCAUUGACAACGAUGCGCCACCCACCAUCUACGGAUCGGCACUGACUCCAGAGCUCGCUACAGCCGCUUUAAACCUUCCGAUCGACUUUCUGAAGCAGAAGGAGUCGCUCGCGAACAAGCACGUAGCGCGCCAUCCGAUCACGUUGUCGGUAAUAAUGUUGGCUGUUGCAGUCUAUAUGGGAAACAGCUGUGUGCUACCUGCCGGUCCGUCACAGUCGGUGAUCGAGCAGCUGACGGCAUUCGCCGUGCUGAACAAGAAAGAGCUCAUCAGCGCUAUUAUUGUGCUGUGUGUCGUGUCGUCGCUGACCAUUACUACACUCGCCAAGAUGAAUGCGGCGUUGUUUAAGAGCAAGACAGACGCGAUUUUGGAGUCAAAGGGUGCUAAUAUCUUUAAGGUGAACCUGUCAAACCUUGCCGAGGGCGACUCCGAGGUUGCGAAGAGUGAGGAAGUUAACAACACGCACGUCGUGGUCUACCGGGAAACCCCCAUCGCGCUGGUUUCGGUCAAGGAGAACAAGGGGCUAUCUACCAAGGACACGCUCGUCGUGGGAGUUUCUACCAUCGGCUGCCGUUUCGUUUAUUUGAAAAGUGGAAUACUAGAAGACCUUUUGGACUGGGCACUAGUCAGGACCAAGAAGAUACAGAAACAGUCGGGCAAGUAUUCAACCGGCCAGUCGAUGAAGCUUCUCGUGGAUGUCUAUUCGUUUGAUAAAUACAUGAAGAGCCUCCUCAAGAAGAAGGGAUUCAGCCAUCUCGAGAGCUUUAAGUUGCCCGAGGACAGGAUACUCAGUAGUAUCUUUGGAGUACGCAGAGAAUUAUGGGGUGUGCAAUUCCACUUUGAAUCCGCAGAGGAAAAAUGA